CUCGGUGAAUUAAGAUCCAAUCAACGGCCCCACAUUCAUCACACACACACUCUCUCUCCAAACAACAACAGAAAUAGAAGUAGCCACCGGCGAGAGCGACGGGGGAACAACAGAACGGUGACUUACGACAACUUAAAGCUUAACCCAUUAAUACAACAAAAGCUCAAAAAUCACUGAAUAAAAUAAAAUAAAAAUGGUGGGGGAGAUGACAAACGGUGGAAGAAUCCGGCAAUCGUUUCCCGGAGCUAGAGAUCUGACGAGCACUGAAGGAUCUGAGUAUGGUCCCGUUGAGUUCACCAGAGAAGACGUUGACGCUCUUCUUCAUGAGCGAAUCAAGUACAAGAGCAAGUACAACUAUAAGGAGAGAUGCGAGAAUACUAUGGACUAUGUGAAAAGGCUUAGGCUUUGCAUUCGAUGGUUUCAAGAACUCGAGUUAGACUAUGCGUUUGAGCAAGAGAAGUUGAAGAACGCUAUGGAGUUGAACGAGAAGCAUUGUGCAGACUUGGAGGUUAGUUUGAAAGAGAAGGAAGUGGAGCUGAACUUGGUUAUCCAUGAGCUGAGGAAGAAUUUUUCUUCUGUUCAGGUGCAACUUGCCAAAGAACAAGCUGAGAAAUUGGCUGCAACUGGUUCGCUUGAAAAAGAGAAAGAAGCAAGACUUGCUGUUGAAAAGUUGCAAGCUGCUCUCACAGAAGAGCUGGGGAAAACGCAAGGAGACCUUCAAACAGCUAACCAAAGGAUUCAAGCUGUGAAUGACAUGUACAAACUCUUGCAAGAGUAUAACUCAAGCUUGCAACUCUACAAUAGCAAGAUCCAAGGUGAUCUUGAUGAAGCCCAUGAAACUAUAAAGCGAGGAGAGAAAGAACGGACUGGCAUUGUAGAAAAUAUUGGCAACUUAAAGGGUCAAUUCAAAGCACUGCAAGAUCAGCUUGCUGCCUCCAAGGUGUCUCAAGAAGAUAUCAUGAAGCAAAAAGAUGAACUGGUGAAUGAAAUUGUAAGUCUCAAGGUGGAGAUUCAGCAGGUCAAGGAUGACCGUGACCGCCAUAUUACAGAAGUUAAAAAUCUGCAAGCUGAAGCAACCAAGCAAAAUGACUUCAAAGGAACCAUAAACGAGCUUGAGAGUAAGUGUUCUUCUCAAAAUAAGGAGCUACAAGAGUUGCAGGAUCAGUUAGCAGCUUCUGAGAGGAAACUGCAGGUGGCGGAUUUGUCUACCUUUGAGAAAAUGAACGAGUUUGAAGAGCAAAAGGAAAGCAUUCUCGAGCUGAAAGCUCGCUUAGAAAAAGCUGAACUUAAACUCAUCGAAGGAGAAAAGCUACGGAAGAAGUUGCACAAUACCAUACAGGAGCUGAAGGGAAACAUACGCGUAUUCUGUAGGGUUAGACCUCUAUUAUCGGGUGAGAAUUCUAGUGAGGAGGCCAAAACCAUUUCCUACCCUACAUCUCUGGAAGCACUUGGUCGUGGCAUUGACUUGAUGCAAAAUGGGCAAAAGCAUUGCUUCACAUUUGAUAAGGUUUUUGUACCGAAUGCAUCACAAGAAGAUAUCUUUGUAGAGAUUUCUCAGCUUGUUCAGAGUGCUCUUGAUGGUUACAAGGUUUGCAUUUUCGCAUAUGGACAAACGGGAUCUGGAAAAACAUAUACAAUGAUGGGCAGGCCAGGGAACCCUGAGGAAAAAGGACUGAUUCCUCGAUGUUUGGAGCAAAUAUUUCAAACGAGGCAGUCUCUUCGAUCACAGGGUUGGAAGUAUGAGUUGCAGGUGUCUAUGUUGGAAAUAUACAACGAAACAAUUAGAGAUCUCUUGUCAACAAACAAGGAAGCUGUGAGAGCAGACAAUGGCGUUUCUCCUCAGAAGUAUGCAAUCAAACAUGAUGCUAGUGGGAACACACAUGUUGUGGAGCUUACUGUUGUUGAUGUUAGAAGCAGCAGAGAGGUUUCUUUCCUCUUGGAUCAUGCAGCUCGGAACAGGUCUGUAGGGAAAACUGCGAUGAAUGAGCAAUCAUCUAGAAGCCAUUUCGUCUUCACAUUAAGAAUCACUGGUUUUAACGAGAGCACAGAACAACAAGUACAAGGUGUCUUGAACUUGAUUGAUCUUGCCGGUAGUGAGCGUUUAUCUAAGAGCGGAUCAACCGGUGAUAGACUUAAAGAAACUCAAGCAAUCAACAAGAGUUUAUCCUCUCUAGGUGAUGUCAUAUUCGCCUUAGCCAAGAAAGAAGAUCACGUACCCUUCAGAAACUCGAAGCUCACUUAUCUUCUUCAGCCAUGCUUAGGUGGAGACUCGAAGACGCUAAUGUUUGUUAACAUCACACCGGAACCUUCCUCAACUGGUGAGUCUCUGUGCUCCCUUAGAUUCGCAGCAAGAGUGAAUGCAUGUGAGAUUGGAACUGCACACCGUCAAGUUAACAACAGGCCGUUGGAUAAUCGUUUGAGUCUUGGAUGAGAUUUUCUACUCCGAAUCCAGAAAACAAGAGAGAAAAAGUUAUGUUGAUACCUAAACGUGGUCAUUACUUGACUUGAUGUUGGUGCUUAAUCUGUAUAUAACGUGUAUUAACCUUAAGUGUUGUCUGUUUUGUCUAUGUGUGGACAAAAACAUAUUAAUGUUCUAAAAUCUUGAAUAGACAAGCAUUAGAUAAACAAUAUUACAUUAAUCAUACUAUAUUUGUUUUUGUUUUUGUUUUGUUUUUAAUCAAAAAUCAUACUAUAUUUGUUAA